AUGUCUACCGUGCGUCGUUCUACUAGAAUAAGAACCAAGUCCCAGGUUACCGAGGAGGAAAAUUCCGAUGACGAGCAGAAUGCCAGCGUGCAACACGUAAAGACUGAUAAGGUCACUGCCAAAGUGCAACGUGAAGAAGAAGAAGAAGAAGAAGAUGAUGAUGAUGAAAGCGAGGAGAGCAGCAGUGAGGGCGGCCAUGAAGACCAAGAUGACGAUGACUAUGUGGAUGCUGCCGCCGUGAAAAGCAAAUCGAGAAAGAGGAAGUCCAAAUCAGCAUCAAAUGCUGGUAGUAAAAGACAGAGAAAGGAACCUGCGCCUAAUCAGAAAUCAGCGGCAUCCCAUGCUCCGGUUUACCAUCGCUCUAAAAAAGACCAGGAGCAAUACUUAGAAAUUGCCAAGGAUUUCCAUCCUACAGAGUUAUUCGAGAUACUAUCCACUUCGGAGGACGUUUCCAUUGAAGAGCUGCUUCGAGAGUGGUUAGAAACAUAUACUGAAAAUAGAGAUCAGUUCUUGCAAGAGUUCAUCAAUCUGCUGUUGAAUUGUUGUGGCUCCGUUGCCCGCGUCGAGGACCAUGACGUCCACAGUAAUGAAUCUUCAAACGAAACCAUAGGUGAGGUCCAGCUGCUUUUCCAAAGGCAAAAACUGAACGAGUUCUACCUUUUAAUAAGUAAGGAGAAUAAAAAGAGGAAAAAUUUCAAAAUGGGGCCCCUUUACCAAAAUUUCGUGGAAUUUAUGACUAAACUGCUGGAGGUUGCUAAUGAUCUACAGUUGCUGUACGUGGAGUCGGAGGAAGAUGAUACCCAAAUAGUCACCGGUAAUCUGGUCUUGGAUCUGUUGACUUGGCUGUCUUCCUUUUCCGUUUGUAAGAUUAGAUGCUUCAGAUACAUCUCAACACUGACAUUAUAUCUUUUCCAGGACUACUUGACUCGACAAGCGGUUGAUUUGGAAAAAAACUACUUGGCAAAACUGACUAGACAGCUGUCACUCGAAGAAAAGAAAAAGAGGCCUAACAAGAAGACUUUAGAGAAGUUAGAAAGCACCAUUGCCGAAGCUCAAGGUAGCAAAGUGGUUAUCGAAAGCAUUAUUGAUAAUAUUGUCAAAUUGUGUUUUGUUCACAGAUAUAAGGAUGUAUCUGAUUCGAUUCGUUCUGAAUCCAUGCUGCAUCUAUCCGUUUGGAUUAAAAAUUAUCCCGAAUAUUUCCUCAAGGUCACAUUUUUGAAAUAUUUUGGUUGGUUACUCAGCGAUAGCUCUGUAUCAGUCAGGUUACAAGUGGCCAAGAUUUUACCGCAUCUGAUCAUUCAGAACCAUAACAGCAAAUCUACGGACAAUUCCGCUAUUCGUCAGGUGUUUGAACGCUUCAAAGCUAAGAUUCUGGAGGUCGCAAUCCACGAUGUUAAUCUUGAUGUCAGAAUCCAUAGUAUCCAAGUGCUAACGGAGGCGUCAUCAUUGGGCUAUUUGGAUGAUUCUGAAAUCCUGAUCAUUUCCAGCCUAAUGUUUGAUGAGGAAUUUGAUCCGUUUAAAACGUCCUCAUUCAAUAAGAGAUCCAAAUUUCUAUCCACCGUGGCAAAGUUCUUAGCAAGAGUAAUAAAUGAAAAAUUCGAGGAAUUCACCAAGAACCAUGACGACCUGCCCGAAGAAGUCGAUGGGCUGCCAGUCGGUCCAGUUGUGCAAGUGGGUAUCUUCAUGAAGAUUUUAAGUAACUCUCUGAUCUAUCAUUUAAAGGAUUCCGCUGAAGUUGACUCAAGAACUAAGAUUCGUAUGCUGACACAGGCAGCAGAGUUUUUGUCUCCAUACAUUUCAUCUCAUUUGGAAACAAUUUGCAAGCUCUUGAUUUCCGAUACUGAAUCUAAUGAUUUAAUUCAGACGCUACAAAACUCGAGCGAUAACAACAAUGAUGAUGACGAGGACGACGAAGAAUUAGACAUCACUCCAUUGUUCCCCACAGACAGAAAUAGCACUAUUCUAUAUCUCAACGUAUUCCAUGGCUUGUGCGCAGGUGCCAACAACCCAAAGAUUCAAACCAAGGGCAAUGUUAAAGAAAUAGUUCUACCUUUGUUCCACGAUUUGUUGAAUGCCACACCUAUCCAAUCGGCUGAUAUUUUGUGUCCGCUUUUGGAAAGUUUCAUCACGUUUUCCCUAGAUGAUUGGAUAUCCAUAGGCUAUGAGACAGAAUUAAGAAAAAUUACAGACAAAAUUAUCAAAGUAUUUAUGGACUCUACAAUUGGGGAUCCAAGAGUUGAUUUGAAAUACGAUAUUUUUGCCAAGUUUAUCCACCAUAUUCACCUUUUUGAAAAAAAGGAAUUGCAAGAAAAAUUAUUAAAUCAAAUAAGCACAUUGAAUGUCCAUUUAAAGAAAUUUUUACUGGAAAAAAUGGAUCCAAAUAAUUCGAGGGAUGAUUACGGUGAUUUAACUUGUUCUUUAUACGAACUCUACAUCAAUAAAUUGACGAUUCUUGGCAGAGAAUACCCGAUUGAGGUUGACGAAGAGUUACUGCAACUAUUUCUGAAUAAUUUUGUUUCACGUAUUACUAUAAUGGUCCAAAAUUUUGAUGAUAAUACCAUUCAAGAAACAAAUUUCAAGAUAUUAGUGCUGUUAGCGACAUGGAAUUUGGAAAAAUGGAAAGGAAUAUUAGAGAAGGUAACCGAUCACGAAGCCUCAACUCCGAAAAACUUUAGAUCUGUUUGGAAACCUAUAGCUGCUAUAAUAGGCCGUUUGAACACACUGGUUAUUUCCUUGGCCGCUAUAAGCGAAAACGCUGACAACAUUAACGACUUGUUUUAUUUAAAAUGGUCAGCUUCCACAUCGUUAAUGGAUAUAAUCGUUGCUAUCAAAGUAUUCGAGCUGAAGUUACCCACAGAUGCCACAUCAUGGAAAUAUAGUAUGAGAGAACAGUUUCCAUUCUAUCUUCACGAUAAUGCAUGCAAAGUACUUUUGCAGAUAUUUCUAUAUUUAGAGAGUCUUUACGCCAAACAACUUGAUGUCCAAUUAGAGAGAGUGACCGAUGAAGAUGCCAAUCUAAGUGACCUGCCAGAGACUGGAUUUUUCAAAGAUAUCGAAACAGAAUUUCUCUUGUUCACAGUCAAAUUGAAGGGAUUAAUGAAGUUGCACAUCUUAGAUGAACGGUUUGCUUCACGUAUGGCGUUGAAUAAAGAAAAACUCGGUUCAUUGUUCAACAAGAUUUUAGACGAUACGAUAAUGGAAGGUCCAGAGCCUAAUAAGAAGAGCGUGCAAAAGGCAAAGCCAAACCAAACACAGAGGGGAAGAAGUCCCCCAAUACAGCCAAACAGCGAAAGGGGGAGCGAUCAUGCAAAUAUUGAAAAGAGCGAUUCAGAUAUUCUAAUGACAAAUGAUCUAGACCCUAUUGAAGAAAGCCAACAAGGUAACCAGGCACUAGAACCAAUCGAAGAACAUCCUACCAUGGUAGAUGCUAUAGAUAACAGCGAUGCGAUCACUCAAGAAUAA